UAUGGACUUUUCAAGAUGUCUGACUGUUACCCGCCAAAAAUCUAAAAGAAGAAGAAGACGAACAGUUUCGCGGCAAAAGCUCCAUCGCCCUUGUUGUGCUGCAGGAUUUCGCUGCCGUAUAUUUCACUUUGUUUUAAAACUAACCAUCAUCUCAGCUGAGGAAAAUGCCCGACACGGCAGUGGAAGUGACAAAUGGACAUUGCGUUAACGGAGAAAGCAAGAAAGAAACAAACGGAGGGAAAAAGGAGUUUUCUCUGUUUUGCGACGAGCGCGGGUAUUUGAGUCUGGUGGAGUUUAUUUUGCAGAAUGGAGCAAAGAAAGGCGACAGGACAGGCACAGGAGUGAUCUCUGUGUUCGGGACACAAGCCAGAUACAGUCUCAGAGAUCAGUUUCCGUUGCUGACGACCAAAAGAGUUUUCUGGAAAGGCAUAUUGGAGGAGCUGCUGUGGUUCAUCAAGGGUUCAACAAACGCCAAAGAUCUGUCGGAGAAGGGUGUGAGGAUUUGGGAUGCUAACGGCUCCAGAGAGUUUCUGGAUAAGAACGGAUUCACCGAUCGGGAGGAAGGAGAUCUGGGUCCAGUUUAUGGAUUUCAGUGGAGGCAUUUUGGAGCCGAAUACAAAGAUAUGCAUACUGAUUAUUCUGGAGAAGGAGUCGAUCAGUUACAGAAAGUUAUUGACACCAUCAAGUCAAACCCAGAGGACCGAAGGAUCAUCAUGUGUGCCUGGAAUCCUAAAGAUCUCCCUCUGAUGGCGCUGCCGCCCUGUCAUGCGUUGUGUCAGUUUUACGUGUCGAACGGUGAGUUGUCAUGUCAGCUGUACCAGCGAUCGGGAGACAUCGGUCUCGGUGUCCCAUUCAACAUCGCCAGCUACGCCCUGCUGACCUACAUGAUCGCCCACAUCACUGGACUCAAGCCUGGGGAUUUCGUUCAUACAUUAGGUGACGCCCACAUCUACACCAAUCACAUCGAGCCUUUAAAAGAGCAGAUUCAGCGAGAGCCGCGUCCGUUCCCCAAACUCCGGAUUAAACGCAAAGUUGAACAAAUUAAUGAUUUCUGUGCUGAAGAUUUUGAGAUCUAUGAUUAUAACCCACAUCCUACAAUCAAAAUGCAAAUGGCUGUUUAGACCUAAUAACUCUCUUAAAUUGUGUUUUUUUUAAAUGCACUUAAUAAUAUUAGUUUUUGUUUGUUUGAAAUUUUACAUUUUAGAACAUUUAAAAUAAAGUAUGGAUGAAACCGCUUCA